AUGAGGCGACAAGAAUCUUCGAGCAUAGCUGAAGCGCCGGCUGCGGCCGACUAUGCGAGCAUCAGGGCGGUUGUGGCAUGUGCAAUCAUUAUGAGCAUUUUCUCGACAAUAUUGGUCUGGUUUCGCAUAUCCAUACGACGAUCACGUACUCAUUUGGCGCUGGAGGAUUGGCUUAUUAUCGCAUGUCUCCCCUUCAUGUACGCCACGGCGACGACCGCGCUAUUGGCCGUAUAUCAAGGAGGCCUCGGGCACUCUAUCCUGGAGCUGGUCCUCAUCGACCCGAAUAUCCUCACAUGUCUAUUGGCGGUGGAAAUACUCUAUGCCAACUUAAUCACGUUAAUCAAAUUAUCAGUUCUUGCGAUGUAUCGAACCAUCUUCCCCACGUUCCUGGUCAACAAAGGCACGUACUGUCUUGGCGCCGUAGUCAUACUUUGGUGGCUGGCAGUCAUGCUCGUAACAUUUCUCCAAUGCCAGCCCUUGAGCGGUGUUUGGGAUCCUUCGACAAUGGCCACCGCGCAAUGCAUGGACAGACUAGGAUUGUUUUUGGGCAAUGCCAUUCCCAACAUAGUCAUCGACAUAUUAAUCUUGGCGCUACCUCUUUAUGAGGUAGCAAUGCUGCAAAUGACUAUGGUAAAGAAGGGAGGCGUUUUCGCAAUAUUCCUGCUUGGUGGCGUUACUAUUGUGGUCAGCGGUCUCCGGCUGCAAAGCGGUCUAAGUCUGCUGGGCGAUCCCAGUUCAGAUAUAACCCUUAUGAUUGGUCCUCUCUGGGCUUGGACGGUUGUGGAGCCAGCAAUGGGUAUAGUGUGUGCCUGCCUUCCGACUGUAGGGGGACAACUUGUCAGCAUGGUCGUAACUUAUCUCACGACUCCGAAGCCGACACAACGCAACGAAUCUGUAAGCAAGAAGGGCAGUUUUAGGACUAUCGGCGGUAGCUCGUCGAAGACUGUCCACCGUCCCACAUUGUCGAAAGUCAAAGGAGAUAAAGGCACAGGUUCCUUCGAGAGGCUGAAAGAUGAUGCUGGUGAGCCGUCCCCAACGGAUCUGUGGCCCCAGGGUUACCAAGUAGAGCGAGACACCACCGUUAGUGGCAGACGAUCACCAAGCGAGAAGGGCGACGAUAUACCAUUGACUAGCAUAACGGUGAAGCAAGAAAUGAGGUGGACAGAAAGCAAAGCGGCACGCCAGUCCAUGGUAAUUGAGCAGUAA